AGUAAGUAUCGUAUCACGGUGGAGGGAGAACGCGAACGACGUCGGAUUAAUUUGAUCUUUCGCGCGUUUAUCUCGAAACCAAAGAAAAGUAAACUAUAAUCAUAGCGGUUAACUAAAAUUAGAAUCUCUCGGUUAUUUAUAUGUUAUUUUAGAAGAAAACGCAAAAUGCAGCAUAAUUUUGUAUUGUAAAAAUAAUAAAAGUAUUUUUUAUAAUUUGUUAUAUAAAUUUUAAGUGACUUUGACUUCAAAAUGAUGAUGGCCAGUGCAAAAUUGGUGAGGGACUGUAGCUCGGAUCUCAGUUCCGAAAUUAGGUCCCUAUCCGUGGAAUCCUCUACGGAGGAGCAGGACUCUACUACUACAGAAUCGGAGUACACCGAAGAGGAAAAGGAAUAUGAACUGGACGACCUUCAGAUAUUAAAAACUAUUGGCACUGGAACAUUCGGCAGGGUGUGCUUAUGCAGAGAUAAGGCAGCAGACGAAUACCUCGCGAUGAAGAUACUCUCAAUGGCGGACGUCAUACGCUUAAAACAGGUCGAUCACGUAAUGAACGAGAAAAACAUACUGGCUGAAAUCAACCACCCCUUUAUUGUCAAUUUACGAUGGUGGACGCACGAUGACUCCUGCCUUUAUAUGUUAUUUGACUACGUUUGUGGAGGCGAGCUCUUUUCAUACUUGAGGAACGCGGGCAGAUUCAGUAAUAGUAUUGGUAACUUCUACGCGGCAGAAAUUGUAUCGGCAUUAGAAUACCUGCACGCCAGGAACAUCGUAUAUAGAGAUUUGAAACCAGAAAAUCUGUUAUUAGCAAGAGACGGCCAUCUAAAAAUUACGGAUUUCGGUUUCGCAAAGAAGUUGACGGAUCGCACGUGGACGCUAUGUGGGACACCAGAGUACCUCGCGCCAGAGAUCAUUCAGAGCAAAGGGCACAACAAAGCUGUAGAUUGGUGGGCAUUGGGUGUUUUAAUCUAUGAGAUGCUUGUGGGAUAUCCUCCUUUUUACGACGACAAUCCAUUCGGCAUUUAUGAGAAGAUCCUGAACGGGCGGGUGGAGUGGCCACGUCACUUGGAUCCCAUUGCCAAAGACAUCAUCAAGAAGCUCUUAGUACAAGAUCGAACUAAGAGGCUAGGAAACAUGAAGUGCGGCUCUGAGGACGUGAAGAGGCACAGAUGGUUCAAACAUAUAGACUGGGCUGACGUUUUCAUGAAAAAGUUACAGCCACCAAUCAUACCGACGGUCUCCUACGAAGGUGACACAUCCAACUUCGACGAGUAUCCCGAGACAGAUUGGAAAGCUGUCCGUUCGUUAGAUCCAGACGAGUUGAAAUUAUUCGCCAACUUCUGAUUCACUAUCACACGCAUGUGGGCACAAUUAAACUAUAACCUUAGCAUAAAGUUGUUAGACUGUCUAUGACGUCAUAAUGUUAGUAAACUAAAUGUCCAGUUACAGCAUAUCGAGGACACUUGUACUUUUAUACUGUAUCACUGUAUGGUGUGGUAUACAGUGUCUUAUUCCUAUAAAUAAACAAACAAAUCUAUUAUUUUGGGUAUUUAUAACAGGUUUUUCUACUAUACAGUAACAAAUAAAUCAAGAGACUUGUGUUUAUCUAAUGAUUUGUAACUAUGAAACAAUCUUUUUGUAUUACUUGAAUUAAUUUGCAUGAUAUCGAAGGUCCUAUUCUAUUUGUCCUCGAAUGAAUAAUCGGAAAUUUGGAAUCGUUUUAUUUCUGCAUCAUAAAUCAUCUUGGCAUCAUAAAUUUUAGAAAAAUGCGUUUAUGCGUUUUCGGAGGUAUAGAAUAGGCUUUUAGGUAUCGCGUUAAUUCAUACGAGUAAUAAUAAUUAAUACUAUUUCAAUAAUAACUAAUAUUUAAUCUUCUGCCAACUUGUUUUAAAACAACAAUAGAAUUGAGAUUAAUUAAAUAUAACAAAAAAGAUCACACACAUUCAAGUUAAAUCUCAAAUUGCUUCAUUAAUUGUCUACUACAAAUGUUUACCAAAUAAAUAGUUUUAUUUAAUUAUUAGAAAAAGAAGUAACAUAAUGUGUUUAAAGAAUUCCAAUGCUUCCUAGUGCAAAUGUUACUUAGUAAGAGUUAGGUUUAAGAUAUAUUUGUUAAGUAUUGUUAUCGGUAGAUUUGUGAUUCAUUAAUUUAUAAUACUUAUGAUUACUGAGUUUAGUUUGUUUGUUUUUAUUUUUAAGAUUGAUGGAAAAGGAAUUCUGUACCGUUUUGUGAUUUUUUAAAUAUAGUAAUUUAUCCAUGUGGUCUUAUGAAAUUGUAGUGGGAGCAGUCGUUUAUUCUUACGAACAUAUAUAAAUCUAAUGAGUUAUGGUUCCUUGAAAAACUAUAUCGUGGUAACUUAUUUCUCAACUGCUAUUUGUUCUUAUAUUUUAUCACUCAACACAAUGUCACAACUGAUUUUAUCAUAAAACAAUCUAGAACUCGACGUCAAAUAUAGCACUGUCACGUCAUAGAACUUGAAUUAAAUAAAAAAAAGAUUACCUUAUGAAAUAGGUUUUUUCGAUUGAACCUCUAUAAUAUGACAGCUUUGCGUUCGAUGACGAUUUCUAGGUCGUUUUAAUUUUAUCAGAAUAGCGUAGUGCUAAUUAGCAGUCGUUAUAAAUUUUUUUAAUAUUAUUUUAUAGAAUAUGCACAUAAUAUUUAUGGAAUAUUGAGGCUAUAAUAGUAAUCAUACAAUCCUUCGGUGGAGUUAGGGUGUAAUAUAAAUGUUUUCGUCUUCUACUUGUUUGUAUCUAAAGCACGUUAUUAUUUUUCCAACACGUUUUUCUAUUAGAAAUCUUAAUACACUUUUGCAUAAGGCAGCUUUUGAACACAUUUAAUGAUAAGAUCUCUUUAUUAAAAAAACAAAAAUAUCAUUAACUUCAUUGCUAUAAACAGUGACAGUAAAUCACUUGUAAAUAUAUAAUAAUAUCAUUGUCAUUAUCACUUCUAAAUGUUUAAUUAUAUAAAUAUAUAAGUAAUUAUGAAGCUGCUGAGUUUUAGUCACUUUAACAUUGUAGUAACCGAUUCGUGUUUUUUUUUUAGAAUUUUACUUAAUUUAUUUAGUAGUUGAAUAGAUUUUUUUACAAUGUUUGAACAAUAAAUGUAAUGAGCUCUUCAAACAUGUCAAAAAUUUUAUAUGUAGAUUAAAUUAGGCAGCCAUAAUAUUAUAACUUCUGUGAUCUUGUUAGUCCUGACAUUUAAUGUAUUAAAUGAAUAGCAAAAUUCGGAUUUAUUCGUAUAAACAGGGUGGUAUAAUAUGUGAAAGCUAUAAAUUGUAAUUCGUGAAAUACGAAAAUAAAUGUGUUGU